AUGGAGAUAUUGGUGAGAAUGUCAAGCUUUGUGAUGCUCUUGUUAGUUUCUAGUGCGGUGUUGUUGCUGUUGAGCUCAAGCUCUGUUCACGGGUUGAGGUAUGGACCCGUGAAGAGGUUCUUUGAUAGUAGUGAUCAAUCUUCCGUUUUGGAUUCCAACAAAACGUUUCAAAGUGAGCAAAUUAAAAAAGCUCGAAGAAUGCAACAAGGUAACGUAGAAGGAGACUGUGGAGAUUGUAGCGGUGGAGAUGAAAGUUUUAGUGGUUGUAAUGGAGCAGGAGGAAGUCCGGGAGAAAGCGGAAGAAGGGGUCGUGGAGGAGGAAGACGCCGAGGAAGAAAUGGCAAAGGAGAUGGGAAAGGACAAGAUGAUCACAAUGGUGGAAAAGAAGAUUGUAAUGACCAUAAGAAGAAGAAAAGAGAUGAUAGUAACAACGGUGAUGGUGUUGGGAUUGGUAUUGGUAUAGGUGUAGGAAGUGAACCUAGCCCUGGAUCCGGAGGUGAACCUAGCCCUGGAUCAGGAGGUGGUGGAGGUGGAGGUGGAGGAGGUGGUGGUGGAGGCCUAGGAGAUGGAUAUGGAUAUGGCCGUGGAUGGGGAAGUGGAUAUGGAGGCGGAGGCGGAGGAGGAUGGGGAUGGGGAGGAGAUAGCAACGGAGGAGGAUGGAUUCCGGGAAACGGCGGUGGUUGUUGGUUUCCCGGUUGUGAUAAGAAGUCAACGAAAGGUCAACAUUAA